GUGCGUUUUACGAAUGGUGCACCGCUUCACUGGUGUGUGUGUGUGUGUAAUCGUGCGUGCGUGUGUGUCGUAUUUUAUGAGCAGCGGUUCUCGCUGAGGUUUCUCCGAAGUUCCUCCGAAAACCGGGCAAGAUGGGGCGAAGAUCCAUCAACACCACGAAGAGUGGGAAAUACAUGAACCCCACGGAUCAAGCAAGAAAAGAAGCCAGAAAACGAGAGCUCAAGAAGAACAAAAAGCAGCGUCAGAUGGUGAGAGCAGCCGUGCUGAAAGGGAAGGACCCACAGCAGCUGAUCGCAGACCUGCAAAGGAUCGACGAAAUGGAAUACAACGUGUCCAACCCACCGGUGCUGAGCGAGAAAGUUCUUCGGGACAAGCGGAAGAAACUCAGAGAGACGUGGGACCGUGUCCUUAGGCUCUAUCAAAAGGAAGACCCGGAGCACUUCUCGGACCUGAAGAAGAUGGAACUGGAGUAUGAGGACAAGCGCAACACACUCAUCAAAUACUAUGAGUCGGUCAAGUUUGCCCAGCAAGUGGAGAUUGACCAGAUUCCCCUGCCAAGCGCACCCAGUACUCCGCAAGUUGCCCCAUCACUAAUCCCGCUGCCUGUCGACGUGCCGUCGUCUAUACUGAAGAAGCCUCCCCUUGACCCCUCGGCCAAGGCGCCCGGUGUGCCGCCCGGACCACCUCCGGAGCUGUCGGACGACGACGACGAAGAGGAGGAGAACGAGCCCCCGGCUACUAACGUGGAGAAUGUGCCUGAAGAAAAGGAUCUGUCAGUUCCUGCAAAACCACGCAAGAUUCGAUUCGCCGAUGAAGGUCCUGACCGUCCUCCCGGUGUUGACGAUGACUCGGAUGUCACCGAGUUCCUCAAAGAGGUCGAAAAGACCCACAGAGAAGCCAUGCCACCACCCAUGCCUCCUCCGAUGCUCUUCCGGCACCCCCCUCCGGGCAUGCCACCUCCGUCGCUGCCUCCACUGGGUGGUCCCCCGAUGGCCCCGCCCCCAAUGCGAAUGGGGCCACCUCCACCACGCCCACCACCGCUCAUGCGGCCAGCGCCCUCGGUGCUGUCGGCUCCACCCAGCCUCAUUUCGCGGCCCCUGCACGGGCCCGGCUCGGCCUCUGCGGAAGGGGAGCAGCAGCGACCGGGAAGCGGCGCCACCAUCGAGGCCAAGCCGCAGCUGCGCAACCUCAGCGCCGACAUCAUGCGCUUCACGCCCACUUCGUUGCGGGUCAAGAGGGAUCCCGCCAAGAGGACCACAAAAGACGUUCCUGCAGCACCUACGGUGUCGUCUGUGACGGCACCCACGAAGGACGACGCUUACGAGCUCUUCAUGAAGGAAAUGGAGAACCUCCUCUGAGUUCCACUACGCACAUUGUAAAUAAACUUAUCUUCACCACAGUCUCAA